CAUCAGAGAGCGGCCAUCUUCCUCAGCAGACUGCAGCAGUUGAGGGAGGGGAACGAUUGGAUCGGCGCUUGCCAGCUCAUGUCUGUGUGGUCUCCGCGCUCAGAGGAGGGAGGCGGACAGGGCCGGAUGGUGUUCUGCUAGUUGGAGGUCCCGCACGCUUCUGCUUCCGUGACUGUAGGAGAAGACGCCCUGGCCCUCGCCUUCCGCGGUGUCCACCGUGCGGACUGAGUGGGAAUCAUGGGGGUCAAAGCUCAGCGUCCUCGUUGUUUUUUUGACAUUACAAUCAACAAUGUACCUGCUGGAAGAGUCAUCUUUGAACUGUUUGCAGACAUUUGUCCAAAAACGUGUGAUAAUUUCCGAUGUCUCUGCACAGGUGAAAAGGGCAUUGGGAAAAUCACACAGAAGCCAUUGCAUUACAAAAACGGCAUGUUCCAUCGAGUGGUGAAAGAAUUCAUGAUCCAGGGAGGUGAUUUUAGUGAAGGAAAUGGAAGAGGUGGGGAGUCUAUCUAUGGAGGCUUUUUUGAAGAUGAGAACUUCUCAGUUAAGCACAACAAGGAAUUCUUGCUGUCCAUGGCCAACAGAGGCAAAGACACUAAUGGGUCACAGUUUUUCAUAACAACAAAGCCAACGCCACAUUUGGAUGGACUUCAUGUUGUUUUUGGACAAUUGAUAUCUGGACAGGAAGUGAUCAGGGAGAUUGAAAGUCAGAAAACGGACGCCUCCAGCAGGCCAACAGCGGAAGUCAGGAUACAGAAUUGUGGAGAGCUCGUCCAUGUUCAGAAGUCAAAAUCUAAAAAAGAAAAGAAAAAACACAAGUCCUCAUCUUCCAGUGACACUGAAGGUUCAAGUGAUUCUGACUCGUCUUCUGAUUCGUCUUCUGACUCCGAAGAGGAGGAGAAAGCCAAGAAGAAAAAGAAGAAACAUAAGAAAAAUUCAAAGAAGCAGAAGAAGGAGAAGAAAAAGCGUAAGAAGACUAAGAAAAGUUCUGAGAGUGAAAAUGAAGAUCAAGAACUUCAAGUGACAUCCACUGUCCGUCCAGAAGAGAUCCCAACUGUGCCAGAAAACAAAUUUUUGAUGAGAAAGAGCCCUCAAAGAGCUGAGGAACAGGAAAGCAGAAUGAACAACAGAGAACGUGAGCGGGAAAGUUCUUCGCUUUAUCAGAGAAGACUCUUAGUAACCAGGUCUGGAAGAAAGAUCAAGGGUAGAGGCCCAAGACGCUACCGCACACCCUCAAGGUCUAGGUCUAGGGAUCGUUUUAGAAGAAGUGAGACUCCCCCGCACUGGAGACAGGAAAUGCAGAGAACCCAAAGAAUGAGAUAUUCUAGUGGAGAACGUUGGAUCAAGGGAGAUAAGAGUGAAUUGAAUGACAAGGAUAGCCAGAAAAGCCCUGUCCGUGGAAGAGAAUGGAAACAUUCUGAUCAAAGAGAAAAUUCUGAGAGUCCACACAAAAAAAGUGAUCACGGGAAGAGAAGUAAAGACCACAAACGAAGCAGCAAAGACAGGGAAUCUAAAGAUGCUGAAAAUGAAGAAAAACGGAAUAGAAAAAGAACAAAAUCAGAAAGGAGUGAAAGCAAGGAGAAUUUAAAAACCAACAGGGAUAAUCCAAGCAAACGUAAAGACAGGAGCAGUUCAAGAAGUAAGGAAAGAGGGCACGAGAGGGGAAGAGAUAAAGAAAAGCACUCUAAUAACAAAGCAAAAGACAAAGAGAGAAGCAGGAGUAAAGAGAGAUCGAGGCACAGUACUUCAAAAAAUGAGAGAGGGAGGAGUAAAAGUAAGGAAAGGGAUAGAAGCAAAGAGCGAGGUAAAGGCAAGGAGCAUGAUAAAAGCAAGGAGCGGCAUGAAAAAGCAAAGAGCAAGGAGAGAGAGUCUGAGAAAGCAAAACAUAGAUCUAGUAGUAAAACUAAGGAACGAAGCAAAAGCAAAGAGGAUAAUCGAAGAGCUCGCUCAAGAAGCAGAGAUAAUGACAGAACCAGGAGUCAAGACCAUGCAAGAAGCAAGGAAAGAGACUCAAAGCGAAGAGGUCGUACCAGAUCCAGAGACCGAAAGGGAACUCCAGAGAGGUCCAGAAAUAGAAGAAGUAGAAGUAGGAGAGGCUCAAAAUCUUCAGAUAGAGAGGGCAGUCAAAGCAAAAGCAAAGACUCCUCCAGAAGGGAGGAAAGUAGCUCUCAGAAGAAGAACACAGAGAGGGAAAGCCAUAAAAGGAGGCAUUCUCGUAGCAGUAGUCCAGACAGUAAACGGGGCCGGAGGUCCAGUAGAAAUCGUACUAGUCCAGACUCCAAUACAGUACAUAGUACUCACGGAGAAGACCGUUCAUCCCACCGAAGAAGCCAAGACAAGGAGAAAAGAAGGUCUUCACAUGGCAAGGAAACCAGCAAAAAGUCUUGCAGUCGUGAACGGGAUUCUUCCAGCGCAAAAGAAACAAAAUUAAAUGACCAGUCAAGUCCUAAGAGUAUUGAUAACAACAAUGAGAAAUGAAAUAUAAAUACUACCUACCUAAACUUGCCCUAAAGGACAUUCAGCUUUCUGUUUUUUUAAAGCAAAAACUUUAAGUUCCAUGUUUUUGAUAAUCCUCAGUCUGAAUCAUUUGUAUUCAUGACGUUUUAAUAAACUUUCCAAAAUUAUUUUUAGAUGUAAAACCGUGUCAAGCACAGGAUGGCUUUCUCCUGAGUUGUGUAUGAAAUUUGGCUGAUUU